CUCAAGAUUUACUCUGCCAAAAGACCUCUGUUAAAACAUGCUGCCUAAGAUGAAGCUGCUACUGCUGGCAAUUUUGUUUAACUUAGUACGCAGCAGCAACGGACUUGCAGUCUUCCGACAGAAAAGAUCAGACGACACAAACCUGUCUGUACUGGAGACUGUGGUACAGCAGCAAGGAGCAAAGAUAGAGCAGCAGGAAGCAAAGCUCCAGCAACAGGAAGCACAGAUUCAGACACUGCAGGCAAAGCUGAUCACAUUCGAAAAUUCUCAUGCUUCAACUCCCCCAGUGGCUUUCACAGUCCAUUUCACCAACGAUGCUGCCGACAAUGGUGUAGCACUAGGACCCCAGCAAGUACUGAAAUUUGACAAUGUGCUGACCAACAUCGGUGGUGGCUACAAUGCACAGACGGGUAUUUUCACGGCCCCAUUCUCUGGUGUCUACUGCUUCUUUCUCUCCGUCAUGUCGACAAAUACACAUACAAGUGUAUAUAUUGCUGUUGUGAAGGAUGGAUCUAUUUUGGAUGUCGUCUUUGCUGAAGGCCAGUCAGAUUUUCAGGAUCAAGGUUCCACUCAAGUGACCACCCAUCUGGAUUCAGGUCAUCAGGUGUGGGCUCGACAAGCUGGUGGUGAUGCAGUGAGAGGUGGCUCAUGGACUAUCUUCACUGGUUACAUGAUAAAGGCCGACUGAUCAUGCCACAGGAGAUACUUGACAUGUCCUCAUGGACCAUCUUCACUGGUUACAUGAUAAAGGCUGACUGAUCAUGCCACAGGAAUGAGUAGUACCUGACAUGUCCUCAUGGACCAUCUUCACUGGUUACACAAUAGGGGCCAACUGAUCGUGCCACAAACACGAGUAGUACCUGACAUGUCCUCAUGGUUCUUUGCUUUCUUCAACAGGGCACAUACUGUUGAAUGUGACUAUGUUUGGCAAACUUUUAUCAUGGUCAUAUUAAAUUUGCCAUAUACAGUCAUUGGCUUAUUCACCAUGAUUUUAUUUAUACUGUGCUUAUUACAUUGUCUCCAGUACAGUCAAUUAACCAUAGUGCAUAAAAGAUAUUUCCUAAUCUUCCAUAAUAAUGUCAUCUCUAGGCCAAUGUCACCUAGAAGAGGUGAAUCAUAACAGUUAUUGUGUUAUCACAAUUAUGCUGCAGUGUUAAAAACAUAUUUACAAUAUUCUUGUUGACUAGUCAUACCUGCUGGCUGGCAAAUAAUGCAUUUCUUUUAGUGCUUUCUAGUAUGGUGUCACUAUGAUUGUUAUGUUUAUUAUUUAUACAAGUUCUAACUGAGUCACUAUGUCUACUAGCUGGCAAAUCAUGAAUUUGUUUUUGUACUUUCUACAACAGAAAUUUAUCGGUCAAUUGAGAGAAAAACUGAAUAAAGACAAU